AAUCGGCCAUGGCAGCGCGGAGGUGAAGCUUUCGCCUAUAAAUUCAUCCAAACUCAAAAUUAAUUCAAUCAAAAUUCACCAUACUCUGACAAGAUGGACGAUGAAGCUGAUAUCUACGAAGGAGUCAGAGCUCAAUUCCCUUUGAGUUUCGGUAAGCAAUCGAAAUCUCAAACCCCUCUCGAACUCGUCCACAACGCUACCCGUCGGACCACGGGCGCUUCCUCCACAUCCACCGCCGCGAAUGAUAAACCGUCUGCUUCCGCUUUCCCCUCGCUUUCCAGCUCCUCUCAGGACUGGAUAAACUCUUUCAGAAACUCAAACCCUAGAAAUUCAAGUAGGGAUGGCGGUGUGGGUAAAUUGAUUGGGCCUCCAAGGCCUCCUGCGGUUUUGGAUAAGGAAGAUGAGAUGCCGAUUGGUGGCGCAGGAAAUGAGGACGAGGAGCCUCGAAUUGGGCCGCCUAGACCGCUACCUGGGAAAGCUGAAAAUGAUGACGAACCGACAAUUGGGCCACCUAGGCCGCCUUCUGGGAAAGCUGAGGAUGGUGAUGACAAUGAUGAUGAUGGACCGGCGAUUGGGCCACCUAGGCCGCCUCCAGGUGCUAUAGAUUCUGAUUCUGAUGAAGAAGAAGAUGAAGAUGCAGAUGAAGAAGAUGAUGAUCCUGGGUAUCGAAUUCCAUUGAGCAAUGAAAUCGUCUUGAAGGGGCAUACGAAGGUGGUUUCAGCACUUGCAGUGGAUCACACUGGAUCUCGAGUUCUAUCUGGCAGCUAUGACUAUACUGUUCGCAUGUAUGAUUUUCAAGGCAUGAAUUCCCAUCUUCAGUCAUUUAGACAGCUUGAACCAUUUGAAGGUCAUCAAAUUCGUGGGUUGAGUUGGAGCCCUACAGCAGAUAGAUUUAUGUGCGUCACUGGAUCAGCCCAGGCUAAGAUCUAUGACCGUGAUGGACUUACAUUGGGAGAGUUUGUCAAGGGAGACAUGUAUAUCAGGGAUCUUAAGAAUACUAAAGGCCACAUAUCUGGGUUGACGUGUGGAGAAUGGCAUCCUAAGGACAAGCAGACUAUCCUAACAUCAUCUGAGGAUGGUUCACUGCGAAUAUGGGAUGUAAAUGACUUCAAAAGUCAAAAACAGGUUAUCAAACCCAAGCUUUCUAGGCCCGGACGUGUUCCUGUAACAACAUGUGCCUGGGAUCGUGAAGGUAAACGGAUUGCAGGUGGUAUUGGCGAUGGUUCCUUGCAGAUAUGGAACAUCAAAUCUGGAUGGGUAAGCAGGCCAGACAUACACGUUGGAGAUUGCCACGCAGAUGAUAUUACAUCCCUCAAGUUUUCGAGUGAUGGAUUAAUCCUUUUGUCAAGAAGCUUUGAUGGUACACUCAAGGUCUGGGAUUUGCGCCAAAUGAAGAAGGCUCUUCAUGUUUUUGAUGAUCUUCCGAACAAUUAUGCUCAGACAAAUGUUGCAUUCAGCCCCGACGAAGAACUCUUCUUGACUGGAACAUCAGUUGAAAAGAAUAACACAGCAGGAGGUAUGCUAUGUUUUUACGACAGAUCAAAAAUGGAAUUGGUGUCAAGAGUUGGAAUAUCUUCAACAUAUAGCGUUGUUCAAUGUGCGUGGCAUCCGAGGAUAAACCAGAUCUUCGCAACAGUAGGGGACAGACACGAAGGAGGAACCCACAUACUAUACGAUCCGACCAUCAGUGAGAGAGGAGCACUCGUGUGCGUUGCACGUGCACCACGGAAGAAGUCUCUCGAUGAUUUUCAGGCACAACCCGUCAUUCACAAUCCGCACGCGCUGCCAUUAUUCAGAGAUCAGCCUAGCCGUAAACGUCAGCGCGAGAAAACACUGAAGGACCCACUCAAGUCCCACAAGCCGGAGCUACCCAUGACGGGGCCAGGCCAUGGUGGAAGAGUUGGUUCGACAACAGGAAGCAUGCUGACGCAGUACCUUCUUAAGCAAGGGGGUAUGAUUAAGGAAACAUGGAUGGAUGAAGAUCCCAGAGAAGCUAUCCUCAAGUAUGCUGAUGUUGCUGUCAAAGAUCCUAAAUAUAUCGCGCCAGCGUACGCUCAGACGCAGCCGGAAACAGUCUUCGCCAAGUCGGAUUCAGAGGAUGAUGAGAAAUAAGUGGUGAUGAUGGUUGUUAUGUGUCAAUUCUGAACAUUUGAAGGGCGAAAUCUUGUUAUGGCCUUACAUGUGGUGUUCUACUGUAGAUGUUACUAUAGUUGGAGUAUUUGAUUUGUGGCAACUGCCAAACCAAUGAUCCUGUAAUGAGCAUUCAGACAUGAUAGAUUCUUUUUUGGAUAUUAUGUCUAUGCCAGGCCAAGUGAGCUUUUUUCU